AUGGAUAGAAAAUCUGCUAGAAUAAAAGCAGAGUUAGAAAGAUAUGGUUGGAAAGUUUCAAAGAAGUUUAAAUAUAGGAAGGGAAGACCCAUAAAAGUCUAUGACAAAUUGUCUGGUCUUCGCUAUGAAAUGGACUUGGAAACAGCACGCGCAAAUUAUCCAAACAGACUAGAGAGGUUAGAAGAAGAACGUCUUAUGGACAUGCCUUUCGAUGUUAGUGAGCCUCAAGUUGAAGGACACGACGGCUUUGCCAGGUUCUACUGGAAACAUGACGAACAAUUGCAUCCUUUGAGGAGGAAAAAAGGAAAAGGUGAAGACGCACAUGCUCCCAUGGAAAGAACAAGAUAUGCAUAUGAGAAGUAUC